CGAUUACGACGGCGACCACGCCAGUCACGACGGCAUCCUCGUUUACGGGAAAGGCAUUUCAAGAAUAAGGUAAACUAUCGAGCAACCAGGAUGUUUCGCGCGUUCCGCACCCCGGGACCCAGGCGUUCCCUCUCAACAGACUCGCUCAACCUUCAAGCCCAAACCCAAGUUGAUAGACCACCAGAACCCAAGUCGACGCGCAUGCAGCCAUCUGGGAAACGUGAAGGAAAAGAGAACAGAUAUGAGAGGAUGCAAAGUGCAUCUGCUGUGCUUAUGUUCGAUCCUACAGCUAAGAGUACUGCUGGGCAGACGUGGACUGGACCUGCCCCCAUUGCCAUUCCUGAUGAGCAUAGCAAGGAUGUACCCCGAACUGUGGGCGCUAAAGGGGGAAAAAUUGACCGCGAGAAGAUUCAAGAGCAUAGUGAAAUACAAGAGGCAUUCGAGAAGAUGCUGGAUGACCUCCAAAUCCCAUCCUCCCUCCGUCCGCGACUAGACACUCUUGAAAUUUCCGUUAAAGCAGCUAUGCUUCGCUCUAGCAAGACACUCGACUUCAUUAACGCCACCGGGCCGCCAGGUACGGCCUCCACGUCGCGUACAGUGCGGAAAACGCGGUCGCACGAUUCCCUUGCCCCUUUUCAUUCGCCGGGCCUUGCAGCACCACCUGAGCGGUCUGCAUCGCCAUUCAUGUCCCCAAUCUCACCAAGAAAACGCAAGGCUUAUGAUUCCCCGCCUGCCACCCCCACGAGACCUCGCAAAAGCUCCAAACCUCCGUUCGAGAUUUUUGAAGUGGACGGUUUCACCUUCGUCACCGCUGAGGCAUCUCCGAAGUCCAAACCGACCCUCACAGCCCCCUCCAGGCCCACCUCGGCUCACAUAUCCGAGUUCCCCAGCAUGUCGUCUCUCGCGGAUCUGUCGGAUGCCCCUCCCCUGCCUGCCAAGUCUCGUAUCUCAAGCAAAGAGAAAGCUUUACUCUCCCAGAAUACCCCAUCUGGUCUGGCAAGCAUGCUGGCGAAUACGAGCGCCACACGUGUAGACGUUGAACGAGUGAAAAAGCUCAGGUUGAUGUUAAGGAACGAGCCGGCAAGCUGGACAGAAGAGUUUCUGUGCCAUGGGGGAUACGUCGCGCUUUGUGGCAGAUUGAGGGAGCUCUUAGGUGUUGAGUGGAGAGACGAGCAACACGACGACCGAGCACUGCACGAGCUUCUGCGGUGUCUAAAAGCCCUAUCCACUUCCGCAAUUGGUUGCUUUGCCCUGCGGUCCACCGUGCCAUUCCCAUUUUCUGCUCUCAUCGAGCUCAUGUAUAGCGACAAGAAGCCAGGCGACGUGGCUACAAGGCAGCUGAUGGUUGAGCUUUACUCAGUCCUCUUUGAGAUCUAUCCCACCCGUUCUACUCGAGGAAGUGGGAGUACUCCAGGUACUCCAACUCGUAGGGGUGCAAACAGCACGUACCCCCUUCCAGCACCACACGAUUCCCUGUUCUCCCUUUUGCGCUCCAUUCUGCUGAUCAAGCCUCCUCCGACCGCAGAGGCCCACCUGUCCCCACCGCCUUCCGAAGCGCACGACUUCCUCCUUCCUCUUCACCCCUCCCGGAUCUACAAGUCCUACCUUGCCGAGCUCUCUGAUAUCUGCAGGGACUACUUCUGGGUGUUUUGUCAUCCCGCAAAUGGGGUAUGGGCGCUGGAGGAGGUAGAUGUGGGCGGUGUUGAGAGACCCAGGGCACCGGGAGGAAUGACGGGAGGAGUGGAGUUCGAAGCCAUGAGCUAUUUGACGACCCAUCUUAAGUUUACAAACGCCAUGGCCAAAGCAGCGGCAGAGCAGAAUCUGCCGCCAGCACAUGAGUUGUCUGCCAAGCGUUUCCACGAGGACUUGUUCGCGUCAGGUCUAGAGAAAAUCUUGGCGACCGUCCGCAAAGCAUCAACCACGUACUACCCAGCGCUCCACCUCGAAAUAGCGCGCUACGUCCGUCUCGCUGUCCAAGCCCGUUUUGAACUGCCCUGGUCCUUCUCGCGACUGGUUGGCCCACCACCAGUCGGGGCGCGUAAGCCCGGUCUCAGUACGCCGGACCGUUCGGUGGGGCCGGCGAGCGCGAAUGGUGCGGCCGGGAAUGGGGCAGUCGGGAAUGGAAAUGGGAGGAGCCCAGGAAGAAGACCGCAAGGCGGGAGGCCGCCCAUGUUGCCGGCUACUCCGAAGCUGGAUGCUAUUCGGAUGUGA